AUGACGUCUACAUCGUUAAUGAUGAUCAUUCUGGUGAUCCUCCCAUUCUAUUCCUGGUGUGCUACUCCAACAGUAGCCGCUAAUCUAAGUCCAGCUAAUAUAGAUGGAUUGAAAGCUCAAUUUCAAACAGCAAUGAAAUCAUUUUCCGAUGUAGCAUCCAUGCAUUACACAUUGGCCGGUGUUAAAGAACUCGGCGUUGUUCCUCCGGAUACGUAUUGCAAUGAUAUUAAAAAAUUAGUUGAUAAAUCCGAUGUCGAAUCUAUCUUCCAUGCCACCGAAGCCGCUCGAGCACUAGCCAAUUGCAAAUUGCCAGCUGAAGAAUAUCGCGCACUCUUGACUUCGACUCUUCAGUCAGACAAGAGUACAACAGCGGAUGUUUACCAUGCUGUCCGUGCCAGUGUUAAUCUUGGUUUGAAUGUUGAUGAAUCCCGUGUUGAAAAACGUCUCAAUGCUUUGGCCAAAACCGAUGAUAGUGUUUCAAGUCAAGGAUACGCAUUGUUAACAGGAGCCCAAUUGAGUCAACCCAUUGCCAAAUUUUACGCGGAUACAAUCAAUGAUCUCGUUCAACAAGCUGAUGAAGUCGAUGGACGCACACUACAAUAUGAAGGUGGUGUUGGUACAACCGCCCUUUUGGUCAACGCGUUUUAUGAAGUAGCAGAAAAAGCAGGUGUACCAGUAAAAAUUGAUCCAAAACAAUUGAUUAAAUUUGCUUCAUAUUUUUCCACCAAACGACAUGUCGCAACUUUACGCAGCGCUUACUACUUAACUAAAGUCUUCAAAUAUUUAUCAGAUCGCAAAAACACAAUUCCAGUUGUCGUUAGUCGUACGACUCCAGCAGCUGUUAGCGCCCAAAAUCCAUCAGUUUUCGUUUCGGUUUCAAAUCUUUUUGGUCAACCCGUCGGUGAAAUUUCAGUCGUUGCUGAAUCGGCUAAACGCAAAGAAGAUGGUGCCGUUGUCAUUUCCAAACAAAAGCUUACUGCCAAAGAUAGCACCUCUUCGAUUUUCGAAUUACCAUUCUAUGACGCUAAAAUUCCUCGUGGAUUCUACACCAUUCACUUGACAUUAACUCCGCGCGGUGAUGAAAAACUUAUCGGUUUAACUGAUAAUACAAUUGAAGUUAAAGUGACCUCGGAAGCAGCUUUGGAAAAUGCUGAAUUGAAUGUUGCAGACCGUGAUAGUACAGCUCAAGCUAAAACACACAAAUUAACAUAUCCAAAUGCUUUAUCUGAAAAGCUCGAUCUUCAUCCUCACCAAAAAUUGAUCAUUAAAUUUCAAGUGAAAGACAAACGCACGGGAGAAUAUGUUCGCACUCAACAAGCAUUCGUCCGUUUCACCAAUAAAAAAUCCAAGAAAGAAAUCAUCUACCUCGCUGAGGCAGCCAGUGGUGCCACUGCUCAAUAUAAAGCUGAAAUAGAUUUAACAAGCAAUGCCGCUGAUUUCCGUUAUCAAUCAGGUGCUUAUGACCUUGUCGUAAUUGUUGGCGAUUCCUUAUUACAGAAUGCAUUCGAAUGGAAAGUCAAUGAUAAUGUUCAACUAACAUUUCAUGAAGACAGUCUUGCCGAUAAAAAUCACCAAGACUUGUACUUACCACGACCUGAAAUCAUUCACCAAUUCCGUGUUGAAGAAAAACGACCACCAACUAUCGUUUCAUUAGUUUUCAGUGCUUUAACCUUAUUACCUUUAUUAAUCCUUUUGGUUUCAUGGCUUCGACUUGGUUUCAAUCUCUCCGGCAUGCCAUUAGGACUUAGUCCAUUAGUUUUUCACGUUUCCCAUGGAGCUGCUUUUGGAUUGAUGUUUGUCUACUGGAAAUAUUUGGAUAUGUUCCAAACAAUCCGUUAUUUGGCUUUGAUUUCAAUUCCAUUAUUUCUUGCUGGACAUCGAGUUUUAGCCAUCUUGGCAGCUCGACGGGAAACGAAAGCUUAA